CUAGUUUUACAGACCCUCACGCAGAUGAGUAAUUCAUGGGGACCGUUAUUCGGUUGUAAUGGUUUUGUUUUGUGAUAGCUACUGUUUCCCUUUGACUCUGUCGUUUCAAAUGUAGUUUUAUUAGACUCUGAAGAUAAGUUUAAAUGUAGUUUCUCAAGUCUUUAGUGAAGCAGUAGAACAGUAGAAUCUUUUGUUUUAGUUAUCAUCGCAUCUCUACAUCAGCGGUCUUAAGGAUGUACCAAAGACUGUCCGGAGUUCUGGCUCAGAAAAGAGGCCUUCUGGAUGUUUUUUUCAUGUUCUUAUCCAUUUCUUUGACUCAUUCCUUCAACAUUGACUUACAACAUCCCAUGGUAUUUCGAGGACCAAAUGCGACGUUUUUUGGAUACUCAGUUUUGGAACAUUAUCAUGAUAAUACGCGCUGGAUUCUUGUAGGUGCUCCCAGGGCCAACUCCUCCUUCAGUAGUUCUGUACACUCUCCAGGAGCUGUAUUCAAGUGUCGCAUCCAUAGCAACCCAGAGCGACGCUGUACUGAGAUGGACUUGGGCAGAGGAAAUAAGCAGAGGGAGUCAUGUGGGAAGACAUGCCAAGGUGACCGUAGUGACGAGUGGAUGGGGGUUAGUCUGGCCAGGCAGGACAAACCCAAUGGCAAAAUUCUGGCUUGUGCUCACCGCUGGAAAAACGUCUACUAUGAGUCUGAGCACAUUUUGCCACAUGGCUAUUGCUCCAUCAUUCCCCCAACACUACAGGGAAAAACACAAGCUCUCAUUCCAUGUUAUGAAGACUAUAAGAAGAUGUAUGGGGAAGAGCAUGGCUCGUGCCAAGCGGGGAUAGCUGGUGUUUUUACGGAGGAACUGGUUGUCAUGGGGGCUCCAGGCUCAUACUACUGGAUUGGGACAGUUAAAGUAUUCAACAUGACCUCAAAUACUCAGUACAACCUCAACAGAGAAGACCUAACCUCUCGAGGUUACAGUUAUCUUGGUUAUGCAGUAACAGCUGGUCACUUCUCCUCACCUUCAGCCAUUGAUGUAGCAGCUGGUGCUCCCCAAGACAGUGGUGGUGGAAAGGUUUACAUCUUCAGAAUUGAGGGUACAUCUCUGGUUAAGGUUUUUGAAGCCUCUGGGAAAAUGAUGGGCUCAUACUUUGGCUCCUCAUUAUGCGCAGUUGACGUGAAUGCGGACGGCCUAUCAGACCUGCUGGUAGGAGCUCCCAUGCACAGUGAGAUCCGAGACGAAGGCCAGGUGUCUGUGUACCUCAGCAGGGGCAAUGGAGUGAUGGAAGAGGUGGAGAUUUUGAAAGGUGAUAAUGCAUACAAUGCCCAUUUUGGAGAGUGUAUUGCUACAAUUGGAGACAUUGAUGAUGACGGUUACCAAGAUGUGGCUAUAGGUGCUCCCAAAGAGGAUGACUAUGGUGGAGCAGUUUACAUUUACCACGGCGAUGCAAAGGGGAUCGUAAAUAAAUACUCCAUGAGACUCUCUGGACACAGCAUCAACCCCAUACUGAAAAUGUUUGGCCAGUCAAUAUCUGGCAAUGUGGACAUGGAUGGAAAUGGAUAUCCAGAUGUGACUAUUGGAGCAUUCAUGGGUGAUAGUGUUGUGUUGCUCAGGUCCAGACCAGUAAUCACUGUGGAUGUAUCUAUUUUCCUGCCUGCGUCCAUCAAUAUCUCAGUACCACAGUGUCAUGAGGGCUCCCAGAACCUGAACUGCUUUAAUGUGAUCGUCUGUUUGCGUUUCCGUGGGAAACAUGUGCCCGGACAGAUAGAGCUGCUGUAUAAUCUCACCGCUGAUGUGGAGAAGAGACAGAAGGAGCUGGCCUCCCGAGUUUACUUCUCACAGAACGGUGAACAGACUGGUGUUAUUAGCCAGCAGCUCAGUUUGGACAUCAACAAUGAAGAGUGUCAUCGCUAUACGUCCUACGUCAGGAAAGAGGUGAAGGAUGUGUUUGCUCCCAUCACAUUUGAGGUGGCCUACAGCUUAGGAAAGCAUAUACUGGAUGGACACCAGGAACGUGACCUUCCUCCUCUCCUGCCUGUUCUGCGCUGGAAAAAAGGGGAGAAAAUUGCUGCAAGGAAUGAUACCUGGUUUGAGAAGAACUGUCUGUCUGAGGACUGUGCUGCUGAUCUGAGGCUCCAAGGGAAGCUGCUGCUGUCUGGGGUCCACAUUCGACCUUAUCUGGCCCUUGGAGGGGUGAAAAAUGUUUCCCUCAAUCUGACCAUCUCGAAUGCUGGUGAUGAUGCCUAUGACACAAACAUCUACCUAAACUUCUCAAGAGAGGUUCAUUACAUCAACUUCAUACAGCGGGAAGAGAAGGGCAUUUCCUGUGAACUAGUUGAGCUGGACUUCCUCAAAUGCAGUGUGGGAUUUCCUUUCAUGAGAGCACAGACCAAGUACCACCUCUCAGUGCUUUUUGACACAAGUCGUCUCUCUGGUGAAAAUGAGACUUUGCAAUUUUUAGUCCAUGCAAGAAGUGCAAAUCCAGAACAUGAGAGCAAACUGCUGGACAACACAUUGGAAUUAUCAAUCCCUCUGGUUCAUGAAGUGGAUACGGCAAUCACCGGUGUGGUCACACCCACCUCCUUUGUGUAUGGAAACUCCAUUGAUGCAUCUCGUUUUGUCCAGCUGGAGGGCAUGGACUGCAACUUCCAGUCUCUUAACUUCACAUUCCAGGUGAUAAACAAUGGUCCUAGUAGACUGCCUGGCUCCAAAGUGGACAUCAGGAUACCGAACCGUCUAGCUGGCAACGGAGCUGACAUGUUCCACAUCAUAGACACACAAGUGGAAGAUGGACGAGGGAACUGUACACCUCACAAGAACCCCACGCCCUGCAGUAUCCCCCAGGACAGAGAGAGCAUCUUCCAUACCAUCUUCGCCUUCUUCACUAAAUCAGGGAGGAAAGUCGUGGAUUGUGAUCGACCAGGAAGAGCAUGUCUAACUCUCUCUUGUACCUUGGGAUCGCAAGCCAAAGAGGAAGCUAUAAGCAUAGAUGUGCAAAUUCUACUGAACACAGAAAUACUUAAGAGGGACAGUUCCUCAGUGAUCCAGUUUGUGACGAGGGGCCACGUCCAAGUUGACAACAACAGAGCCAUGGAGGUUCCCAAUGGCCUUUUAGAAGAAACAUCUCUGGUAUUCGAGGCGCUGCAUAGUCAGGAGCCGAGGGGCUAUGUGGUGGGCUGGAUCAUUGCCAUCAGUCUUCUGGUGGGAAUUCUCAUCUUCCUGCUGCUAGCCGUGCUGCUCUGGAAGAUGGGCUUUUUCAGGCGGCGGUACAGAGAGCUCAUCGAAGCGGAAAAGAACAGGAAAGACAGUGAUGAAAGCUGGGACUGGGUCCAGAAAAGCCAAUAAGUGCUGGGACUAGAUCCAGAAGAGCCAAUGAGAGCUAGGAUUGGGUCCAACAGAUCCAAUAAGCUGCUGCCUUCAACAUGGCCAUCCCUCACGACCCAGGCCGUCCAGUCUUCCAUAUGUGGAAGAGAAGAAUAUUCUCCAAAUUUUUCGGAGGUUUGACACUUUUUCAUAGAUGGUGAUCUAGCUGACAUUUGAGGUGACUACGUGGCUUGCCAAGAAAAGACUUGCAGUGGAAUUCCAUUCAUCCCGGUGGAGGAACUGCUAUACCAGUGGGAUCGCAGUGACAGAAAGAGAAAUAAAAGACUUCCUCGAACGGAUGUGGAUAUUAUGUCAAUACUAGCAGACAAUAAAACCCUCAGGGCGCUGUUACAGAGCAAAAUCUAUUUUUUAUACAUGUAUUCCAUGUUGUAUAGGAGAGCUUUGAGAGGGCUUGGGUUGCUUCAUUGGCCCGACGGACAUAUUCUUUGUUUUUGAAAGCACUGAUGACUGAUAUUUGCCAAAGAGCUGAUGCUAUAUAUCCUUUUUUCUUUCCCCCAUUUUUUUGGCCACAGAUGGACUCUCUACCUCUGUGAGAGACAAUGCAUACAGAAUGCACAUUAGAACGACAAAUGAAAACUAAUACCGAUUUAAAAAUGCUUGAUAUUUUUGCCCAGUGUAAAACAUUAGCUAUACCUGAGAAAGUAUAGAUAGUUAUCAAACAUGAAAGAGUUCCUUGCUAAUGACAACACCAACUUGUCAGUGAGUCUGGCUUUAUAUGUGACCACAGUGUAUUUUCAAUAUUCAAAAUGAUUUCAGAGUGCUGGGGUAUGAUAAGUACAGUUAGAUUUCUGAUUUUGUCUUUGUUCAGUGCUCACCAACACACCAGUAAUCUAAGUACAGAGUAUGUAAAUCCUACACAUGCAUUUUAAUGUCAUUCCUUAUCUGUUAAUGAAGAAAGAAAAAGAAAGUUUCAGAUCCCUUGUAUCAGCUCACCCAGUACUCAUAACAGUCAAGUUUUGAAUUUUUUCCAACCUUGCACUGGAUUUAACACUGAUGGACUGACUGAUGCCUAUUUGAUGCAAUAUAAUAUAUGAUAUUAUUCUCAUUGAUAACACUGUUCUAUCAUACUGAACAGAUUUUGACUUCUUUGAUGCACAUAAGUAGCAGUUACUCUAUUUUGUCACCCAGCCUUGUCGUUUCUGAAUCAAGUUUAGCUGAACUGAUCGUUCAUUGAGUGUAGGUCACUUUAUUGCUUAUAUGUCCAUCAGUGCACAACAGCAAAAUCAUCCACUGUACAGUAAAAUAUAUUUGACAUUAUUA